UGGUUACUAGGAGACGGAGUUGAGUUGAAGGAUGCGAGAGGAGAGCGCAGUAGUACCUGAAAUCUUAGCUAAAGUUAGACAGGACGCACACUCAGACUGAAUCAUGCACCGCGUCAGCUGUAAGACUCACUGGGAGCGGUGUGGAAAUUGUGCAAGAUACGGAUAAGACACGUUUCUUUUCGUUUGUCUUGAAAUGUUGCGCUGUUGCGUGAUAAGUUUCCCGGAUUCCCGUUAACGGUACAAUGCGCUCGCAGGAGCUCGGCGUCAGGACUAAGCCUGUUUCUGCUGAAGUGUGAUACACAGCGUGUAAAAAGGCAACAAUUUCACUCGAAAUAGUUACCAGAAAGUUAAGAACUAGUAAGAAAGACUUGGAAAUGGGGAACGCGGGGAGUUUGGAACAACACACCGACCCUAGAGGACACAACAUGCCGUUAAAACUGCCCAUGCCGGACCCGGGCGAGCUAGAAGAACGGUUUGCGCUUGUUUUAAAUUCUAUGAAUUUGCCUCCCGACAAAGCCCGGUUACUGCGUCAGUAUGACAACGAAAAGAAGUGGGAGCUCAUCUGCGAUCAGGAAAGAUUUCAAGUGAAAAACCCUCCUCACACAUACAUCCAGAAGUUGAAGAGUUAUCUGGACCCAGCAGUCACCAGGAAGAAAUUCCGGCGGAGAGUUCAAGAAUCAACUCAGGUGCUGAGAGAACUGGAAAUUUCAUUAAGGACUAAUCACAUCGGAUGGGUGCGUGAGUUUCUAAACGAGGAGAAUAAGGGUCUGGACGUGUUGGUGGAGUAUCUCUCUUUUGCACAGUAUGCUGUCACAUUUGAUGGUGACAGUUUUGAGAAUGGCACAGACAACGCGAUGGACAAGUCAAAAUCCUGGAGUCGCUCUAUCGAAGAUCUCCACACAGGGAGCAAUCUACCGUCUCCGAUUCCAGGAAGCAUCAGCAGAGCUGGGAGACACUCUACGUUAAGAUGUAAUACAUUGCCCAGCAGAAGAACGUUGAAGAAUUCAAGAUUGCUGUGUAAGAAAGACGACGUUCACGUCUGCAUCAUGUGUCUACGAGCCAUCAUGAACUAUCAGUAUGGCUUCAACAUGGUUAUGUCCCAUCCUCAUGCUGUGAAUGAAAUUGCACUAAGUCUGAACAACAAGAACCCCAGGACAAAAGCGCUAGUACUGGAGCUACUGGCUGCUGUGUGUCUGGUCCGAGGGGGGCAUGAGAUCAUUCUCGCUGCUUUUGAUAACUUUAAAGAGGUUUGUUCAGAAAAUCAACGCUUUGAGAAGCUGAUGGAGCAUUUCAAGAAUGAGGACAAUAACAUUGACUUCAUGGUGGCAUGUAUGCAGUUCAUAAACAUCGUGGUCCACUCAGUAGAAGAUAUGAAUUUCAGAGUGCACCUACAGUAUGACUUCACUAAACUAUGUUUGGAUGAGUACCUGGAUAAGCUGAAGCACACUGAGAGUGAUAAAUUGCAGGUACAAAUCCAGGCCUACCUGGAUAACGUGUUUGAUGUUGGAGCUCUUUUGGAGGAUGCUGAGACGAAGAAUGCAGCACUGGAACGAGUGGAGGAACUGGAGGAGAGCAUGUCUCACAUGACCGAGAAGUUACAGGACACAGAAAAUGAAGCCAUGGCAAAGAUUGUAGAACUGGAGAAGCAGCUAAUGCAUAAAAACAAGGAACUGGACUCUAUACGGGAUGGCUACAAGGAUGUUAGCUCACAGGUGCACACACUUAGGAGGAUGGUGAAGGAGAAGGAUGAGGCCAUUCAGAGGCAGUGCACUCUGGAGAAGAAGAUUCAUGAACUGGAAAAGCAAGGAACCAUCAAAAUCCAGAAGAAAGGAGACGGGGAUAUUGCCAUCCUGACUUCUGCUCCAUCCAUGAAUGGCCUGCUGGCGGGCACAGAGGGAGUGACAGGGGUACCCAAGGGUGCCUUGGUGGGGCUUGUGGGACCAAGUAACGGUGUUGAACAGGGCAUGCCCAUGCCACCACCUCCUCCUCCACCCCCACCUAUGCCAGCGAUACUACUCAACGGUCCAUCAGCUGUCCUUGAGCCACCCCCUCCUCCUCCACCACCGCCACCACCUCCCCCUCUUCCAGGCUCUGGCUACACUGUAGAGGAAUCUUCCCCCAUGCCCCCACCUCCACCGCCCAUGGCACCCCCUCUACCAGGCUGUGGAUCCCCCACUGUAAUCUUCAAUUCAGGUCUCGCAGCUGUGAAGAUAAAGAAGCCGAUCAAAACGAAAUUCCGAAUGCCAGUGUUUAACUGGGUGGCACUGAAGCCCAACCAAAUCAAUGGCACAGUCUUCAAUGAGAUUGAUGAUGAAAAGAUACUGGAGGAUCUGAAUGUAGAUGAGUUUGAGGAGAUAUUUAAGACAAGAGCACAGGGCCCUGCAAUUGAUGUCACGUCUAGCAAGCAGAAGACCAUCCAGAAGGUCCCUAAUAAAAUUUCACUACUGGACUCUAACAGGUCCAAAAACCUGGCCAUCACACUCCGAAAAGUGGGCAAGACUCCGGAGGAAAUCUGCAAAGCAAUUCAGAUGUUUGACCUGCGGAUGUUGCCGGUGGACUUUGUGGAGUGUCUGCUGCGUUUUAUCCCCACAGAGGCCGAGGUAAAAAUGUUACGGCAGUAUGAGAAAGAGAGAAAGCCACUGGAAAACAUCACGGAUGAGGACCGCUUCAUGAUGCAGUUCAGCAAGAUCGAGCGCCUCAUGCAGAAGAUGACUAUCAUGGCAUUUGUGGGGAACUUUAACGAGAGCGUGCAAAUGCUCACUCCUCAACUGCAUGCCAUUAUUGCAGCAUCUGUGUCCAUCAAGUCCUCACAGAAACUGAAGAAAAUCCUGGAGAUUAUAUUGGCUCUUGGGAACUACAUGAACAGCAGUAAAAGAGGCGCCGUGUAUGGCUUCAAACUCCAAAGUUUAGACUUGUUAAUAGACACCAAAUCGACAGACAGGAAGACAACACUAUUGCACUACAUUGCAAAUGUAGUGAAGGAGAAGUACCAGCAGGUGGCGCUGUUCUAUAACGAGCUCCAUUAUGUGGAAAAAGCAGCAGCAGUUUCUUUAGAGAAUGUGCUACUGGAUGUGAAGGAACUCCAAAGAGGAAUGGAUCUAACUAGGAGAGAGUAUAGCAUGCACGGCCACAACACGCUGCUCAAAGACUUUAUACAUCUAAAUGAGAGCAAGCUCAAGAAGUUACAGGAUGAUGCUAAGAUUGCACAGGACGCUUUUGAUGAGGCGGUAAAGUUUUUCGGGGAGAGCUCCAAAACCCUGCCUCCAUCAGUGUUCUUCCCGGUGUUUGUGCGCUUUGUGAAGGCAUACAGGCAAGCAGAGGAGGAAAAUGAGCAGAGGAAGAGACAGGAGCAGAUGUUGAUGGAAAAGCUGCUAGAGCAGGAGGCCAUGGAGCAGGAAGAUCAAAAGUCUCCCUCUCAUAAGAAUAAACGACAGCAGCAGGAGCUGAUAGCUGAGUUGAGGAAGAAGCAAGUGAAGGACAGUCGUCAUGUUUACGAGGGAAAAGAUGGAACCAUUGAGGACAUUAUCACUGCCUUAAAGAAGAAUAAUAUAACUAAAUUUCCAAAUGUGCACUCGAGGGUAAGGAACUCGUCCAGUAGCACCCCAGUGGUGAUGGAUGGUACUCAAACCUGAUCUAAGAAACCAGCCUUACAGGCGCGCUGACGCAGUGAGGAGGAGUGUGCGGAGACGUUUUGAUGAUCAGAGCUUACGGCCAAUCAACAAUGCAGAGCUGGUGAUGUAACGAAGGCAGAGUGGAUGUGAUUGGUUGAGAUUAAGAUGGGACUGAAGGAGAGGUUGUCAGCCUCUCUGUGUGGAAAGGAAUGAUGAAGGAUUGAAAGAGAGGACAUUCGUCUUAAGGGCCAAAAGCUCAAGCUUCUUUCGACCAAGUGCCUGAAUUUUUACAUUUGUGCGAUAUUGUCUUUAUACCUUUUUAUUAUGUAUUGUUUUAUUUCAAGCAAUAGGAAUUUUUGCUCAUUUAACAAAAGUGGAUCUGAACAUUAUAUUGAUAGAGAUGGAAGUUCAUUCAGAUGGAAAUCCAUAGUGAACACGUACAUUCCAGUGGGAAAUACCAUGUUGCUUUUACUGCACAAUGUUGUUGAAAAUCACUAAAUGUGUACAAGGGCUAGGUGUGUUCUUAAAGAUUCCAGGCAUGUUGAGCUUAGUGUAACUCAAAAAGAAUGGAAAGGCUAUGUAGCAUUGUGAAUGACAACAUGGCAGGAUUCAUUAAAAACUGAUAGAGGGAUUAGAGAGAAGUGUUAACGGAAAGGUGAAAGGUUGUGUAAUGUAGAUGGUUCCGAGUUAAUGUGAAAUGUAUAUAACGUAAACAUCGUCACUUAGCAGUGUUAGCAGACCAAAAUUCACUCAGCUUACUAUUACAUGAAAUCAUUCAACUAUUUUAGCGUCAUGCCAUGAAAUGGUCCGUCUUCAAACCGUAUCAUAGUGAAGUGACUGAUAAUGUUGUGCCCAGGUGACCCCCAGCUUUUACUGACUGAGUGACUGAUCUUCAGUGGGAAGAUUCAAACUCUGUAGCAGACUGACUGGAUCCAAUAAUCAGGACUGUUUUAGUACAAUUACAGUACAAGCCAAAGAAAAACAAAAGAGCACCGCCUCAGAUACACGAUUCACCUUUUAUAAACAUUCUUUACAAAGUAUGCUGUGUCUUCAAUAACACAUUACACAGUAGAUUAUUCAACCACUGAAGCCAGUCUGUUCCAUGUGGCUUAUGCAGACCACUACCUUUUUCAGCUUCCAGGUCCAAUAAGAAAAAAACAAAAAAACAAGAAAUGCUUUUAUUUGUACAGAUAUUUUGCAACAAAAAUGGUUGCAUUAAAAAAAAAAAAUUACAUAACCUUCAUUAUCAUAAGGUUAAUAUUGUACAUAUUGAUUUCUUCAUCCUGUUACUCCAUUUGAAUUUUACUUUAACUUAUAGGUUUUGUUUUCAUUUUGUAUAUUUAAUUAAACAGAAACAUGAAUUUGAUGUAUCUUUAAAUACAUUACAGACAUCUCAGAUUUUACGCUUGCCUGGCAGUAUUAAGGCAAUAGAAUGAAUAACUGGCACAACCUGACGCCAUGUAACCCAUCACUAAGUAAUACUGACAUGUCUCUGUACGCUGCCAGCCCUCUUGCUUAAUGCGUUCUGUUCCUUCUAUAAACCUGGAUCAAACUGGCAUGACUUCUUGUCCUCUAAUCAAAAAUGUAUCUUUUGCCGUGUUGUAAUAGCUGAAUUUGUUUUUAAUAACACAUUGUGUUAGAGCCGCAGUUUUUCAGCGCCGAUGAUUGAAUAAACUAUUUACAUUACUAUAA